AUGGCGGACAGCGUUGGAGAUGCGUCAACCGGCGAUACGCUUGGCUCUGCUGUCACCGGACAAAGUGGCGGAUCCUCUUCCCUGCAGACUUUGGCAAACUCUCUGACGGGCGGACCGCUAACAGCCACAACUGUUUUUGCUACGGAGGGCGACCAGAGUGCCCCGAGCCCUGAAGGGUCCGCAACAGAGGGUCUUGCAGCUCCUCAGACGGACUUUUGGAAUUCGUUUGUCUUAUCUCCACCUGUCGUGUCCGUAUCCCCAAGCGUACACACCGCUUCGCCCCCUCAGGGUGUUGGGCAAGGGGUCGCAGGAGUGGCCGGACCGGGCCCCCUAACUCAAGUCUUCGCCGCUUCUUGGGACCCGACCCGUAGUACGGACUGGGACAACGAAAAGACUUCUCAGCCUGCUAUUUUAAGGAUAAAGAGGGAUAUCAUGUCUAUCUACAAGGAGCCUCCUCCAGGGAUGUUUGUUGUCCCUGAUCCUCAAGAUAUGACCAAGAUCCACGCUUUGAUUACGGGGCCAUUUGACACACCAUAUGAGGGUGGUUUCUUCCUCUUCCUGUUUCGAUGCCCUCCUGACUACCCUAUCCACCCGCCACGGGUCAAGCUCAUCACCACUGGUCAGAACACUGUCCGCUUCAAUCCCAACUUUUACCGUAAUGGCAAGGUCUGCCUCAGCAUCCUCGGAACAUGGACUGGACCAGCAUGGAGUCCUGCACAAAGCAUCUCCUCUGUCCUCAUAUCCAUUCAGUCUUUGAUGACAGAAAAACCUUAUCACAACGAACCGGGAUUUGAACAGGAGCGACAUCCUGGGGACAGUAAGAACUACAAUGAGUGUAUCCGUCAUGAAACCAUGAGAGUCGCUGUGUGUGACAUGUUGGAGGGCAAAGUUCCCUGUCCUGAAGCUUUGUGGAGUGUGAUGGAGAAGUCCUUCCUAGAAUACUAUGAUUUUUAUGAAGGAGUUUGCAAAGAGAGGCUGCAUCUACAAGGACAGAACAUGAAGGAUCCAUUUGGAGAAAAGCGCGGCCGUUUCGACUAUCAGCGCUUGCAGACUCGACUCAGCGCCAUUCACCGGCGAAUACGGGAAAAGCGUGCAAUGAGUGAUCCCAAUGACGAUUCUGACUCUGAAACCAGCUCCUCUGAGACGGACCCCGACAGCCAGGGUAGCAUCCAGCCGUGA